AUGGAGCCACGCCUUUUAAUGUCCUCCAACGCCCACCAGCACGCGAGUACCGACGUGAACCGAAGGCCGCACCUCCCGAACGCUCGGGCGGAGGGCGCCGAGAAGAAAGUAAACCGCAGUGAGGACGAAAACGAUGGAACAGAGACGCUCACAUGGACUUCCGAUUAUGUGAGAGAGGCUGCCCACGCGGUGAGUCUGACCGUUAUAGAACCGUUUGGAAGUCUAAUUGCUGGGCCCUUCGGCCAAGGUAUCAUCAACGGCGUGAUUAUGUGA